AUGAUUGAUGUGAAAGGCGAUGGGAAUUGUUUGUUUCGUUGCGUUGCUCUUGCACUUCAAGGCACUUAGAACACUCAUCAAGAGUUCAGACUCAUGUGUGCCAAUGUUAUCUAAGAGAAUCAGGCCAUAUUCAAAGAGAAAAUACAUCAAGGAAUGCUGAAAUAAUAUGAUGAAUCCAAAGAAGUCUUUCAACAGUACAUAGAACAAGUGCAAAAUGGAGAAAUUAUGGGUGGAUUAAUAGAAUUAUAAGCACUCUCUCUGGGAUUAAAUGUCCAAUUCAAUGUCGAAGGAAUUGGUAAUAAAUUGCUAGAUAUUGGGUUGUCUCAUAAUCCAAAGAAAGAAAUACAAUUAUGUAGAAUUAAGAAUGAUAAAUACAAAGACGGCCAUUACAUGUUCAAGAAAAUACAUAAAAUCAAAAAGAAAAAAUGA